AUGCUCUUCAGUGCUAAGAAACCUUGUGUUCUUUCUCCAGAUACUUUCUUAGUAAAGGGUUCUGCUGCUGUGGAGAAGUUGAAGGACCUCUGUAAAGAAGAGAAAGGAAAAACAUAUCCUUCUGAGCUUUUGCAGCUUUAUACACAGGCUGUUCUAGAUAUUACAUAUUUUGAGGAAAACCAGCUUGUAGAUCAAGAUUUUCCAGAAGACUAUUCCUUACAAAAAGUUAAAGAACUUACUUGUAUUCUUUCAGAACCAGAAGACCUAAUGAAAGAAUGUAACAUAAAUGAAGAACCUACUAGCAUCCUUGGCACAGAGUUAUUGGAGUGUCUUUACUGGAGGAAAGGAGCCCUGCUUUACAUGUAUUGUCACACUAUGAAAGAAAGGAGUGAAUGGCUAAAGGAAAAUAUCGGCAUAUUUGAAAAGUGUCUCAGUGAUGGAGUCCAUUACUUGAUGAAGAUGCUUAGCUUUAGAUGCCCUCUCCAGCUAGAUGAAGAUGUCUCAUUUCAGGACAAAGACUCAGCUAGAUUACUCAGUGCAGGUAUAUUUAGUGACACCCACUUACUGGCGAUGAUGUACAGUGGAGAAAUGUGCUACUGGGGACUGAAGCACUGCACAGAGGGCAGGCCGGGAAGCCUCGAGACAGCAGACAUGGCGCAUGGCAGACAGCAGAGCGCAGCGCCGGACUUCCGAGGAGUGGGCACCAAGGCGCUGGAGACCUACGUGGCAGCCUGCGAAGGGCCCCUGAAAGGACAAGGCUGGAAGAGCGCCAGCGCGCGGCAGAUGCAGUUGCGUCUAUUUUACACAGAUACAAAAAAAGCUGCCCUCAGAGUAGAAGAAGUCUGA